UUCUGCCAUCGUACGGUUCGCACGGAAGCUACUUACGCUCGAUUAAAUCGUCAAGAUGUCUGGACGUGGCAAAGGAGGCAAGAUUAAAGGCAAGGCGAAGAGUCGCUCCAACCGAGCUGGAUUACAAUUUCCCGUGGGCCGUAUUCAUCGAUUAUUACGAAAAGGAAAUUAUGCCGAACGCGUAGGCGCUGGAGCACCGGUGUACUUGGCCGCCGUGAUGGAAUACCUUGCCGCUGAAGUGUUGGAGUUAGCCGGCAACGCAGCUCGCGAUAACAAAAAGACAAGAAUCAUUCCGAGACACCUGCAGCUCGCCAUCCGCAAUGACGAAGAAUUGAACAAGCUACUGUCCGGCGUAACCAUCGCUCAAGGUGGUGUCUUGCCCAACAUUCAAGCGGUGCUGUUGCCGAAGAAAACGGAAAAGAAAGCAUAAUCGUAAACUGAUUAUGUGAGACAAUAACCUCUGGUUUGCAGCGAGUAUAACAAAUGGCCCUUUUCAGGGCCCCAAAAUAUUCAUACGAUGGUACGAUCUCUUGUCCGUUUGCUGCGUGUACAUUGUACAAUUUACUCCGUAUUUUUCAUUUGUAUAGUAGUUGAUAAAAAUAGAUAUCGAUAAAAAUACAAAAGAACACUUAACAGAACAGAUGUUUUAUUUCCGACAGUAGUUUGUAAAUACGUUAAUGAUCAUAUUCCAACU